CUGAUUUUUCGUUCUCACUCCUCCAGUUUCCUGCUCCUGGCCUUCUACAGCUGUUCACAAUCAACGUCCAUCAUGGCCAGUGAAAAAUCUCAGAAUCCCUUCGAAGACCUAGGCCGACAUGCCGAAUCCGAUGACCCUUCCAUCCCCGGCCCGGCCAAUACCUCCAAUCCCAGCUUCGAUCCCCCACCAUAUACAACAACCCCUGGACCCGAGACGCAGCGGUCGACGUUCCCACCAGCCCCGACAUCACCCUCGCAGCGAAACAAACCAAUUGCCAUCCCCGCUGUCGGUCCCUCCAGCAACUCUGCGUUCACGCGCGCCUACGCCCCCAUCCUCACCGACUACAACCUCCCGCGAGAAUCCUUCCUCUCCUUCCUGGACCAGCUGAACAAAGUCGUCGCUGCAAGCCCUCCGCUACAGGUCCUAGACGCAACGGGCGGGAUACUGCAGUCCGUUCCGAUUCUCUUCCCCCUGCACUGGAUCGGCUCCGCGGUCAGCGGACUAGCCAACCUAGGCAGCCAGGGCGUCUCGAAGAGUCGCACCGACUCGGCCAUUCGUCAAGCAAACAAGGAUAUCUUCGGACCCCGUGGCUUGAAGGUCGAAAUCGCCAAGCUGGACGCCCUGGCUCACGUGGCCAAUAUCCCGAUCCUGGACUCUCAGGGCAAAGUCAGUCGCCAGACGCCUCUUUUGCAACGCCUCCUGAACGAGUCCGGCGACUAUAUGAGGGAGAAUAUCCAGGACUUGGACCUGCAGCAGCGACGGGUCAAAAUCCUACAGCCGUGGAUCGCGGAUCUGGAGCUGGAGAUUCUGCCGUGGACGACCAAGUCCAAAUUGACGCGCUUUAACGCGGCGUUGAAGAAGAGGAAUAAUCCACCCCAGGCGGAGUCUUCGGCGGACGCGAGGUCUCCUGCCGAAGAGGAGGAGACGGGGUUGAGAAAGGCUCUGUGGCUUAUUAUUAGGCCGUUGGAUGCGAACUGAAUGUGCUCUUUCUUCGGUAUUUUGCCGUUCCUUGCUAUCGAUCGAGGACGUUUCAAUUAUCGUAUCUUGUGGGGUGUUCCGGUUCAUAUCACAUG